GGCGGAGAACUCAGCCUUCCUCUCUUCCCCUCCGCCACUACUCCCACCAUGACUGAAGGCUCCGACGUCAAUGAUUUCCUGGAGCGCAUUCGGGAACUAGGCGAGCGGCGCGACAAGGAAGACGAAGAGCGCACGAAGAAACUGGAGGAAGAGAUUCUACAGGGCCGGAAAGAAAGACAGGCCCGGAGAGCUGAGCGAGCACGAUCUCUUGCUCUCACAGAUGACUCACCAACCCUUAAUGUCGCGCGACUGAGCGCUUCCUCUAUCAGCCCCAGCUCGAUCAACCCACCGGAACACCUCGAGCCGACGCCGCAACAAGAGACACCGACAUUGACACCGGAUGUGGAAGAGAAGCCAGGGACCACCGAGUCCACAGAGCGGCAUGGAUCGAUUCAAGACCCUCUGGAUUCACCUCGAGCAGCGCCUCCGGUGUCUCGUAGUCGAGCAGGGACCUUGUCAUGGCAGCAGCGUCCCUCGUCGCGGGAUUUUGGGUCUUCCACAGCCUCCCCAACCCGAUCACCGACACGUGCGAGUCAUUUGAGAAACUUGUCCACCGCAUCAGAUGAAAACAGACUGUCCCGCUCCUUUGGAUUCGCGCGCCCAAAAGACUCGUCUCCCCAAAGCCCGGAACGAAGCCUUGGAUCGCCCUAUCGUAGAAGAGAAGAACGAUCUGAUAGUGUCACAGAGCCGAGCGCUCCUCAAUUGCUGCCACCAAGUUUGGAUCAUGAACCAAAUGCCGAGGUUGAGAAGCCGGAGCUGGAGAGAUCGCUGUCUAUUCCAAGAACCGUGUCUCGGGAUAGCAACACGGGCCAUCGCUUCUCUGUAUCGUCAGUCUCCGGACUGGGGUCACCAGUGCAUCUGUCGGAGGCUCAAAAGCUUGAGCCGCCGCAGGCUGAUUCUUCCCUCGAGGAGCCUUUGCCGGAGUCCCCCACUCAGCGGCGCAUGUCUCCAGAGCGAACGCGAUCAACAUCGCCAACCAAAGGUCUUGGGGGGUUCGUUCAAAGUGCGAUGAUGAGACGGUCAGACAGCGUGUCAAAAAGAUGGAGUGCUCAGAUUCCGCAAGGAAUCAGUCGGUCUAACUCGAUCGUCUCGAAUCGCAGUAGUGUAGCAGGUCCAAAUUUGAGUGAAAUGGUCCCUCCGUCAACUCGAGAAGUUGGCCGUGAGACUGCCACUUUUCAUCAACGACCAGGGUCCAGUCACAGCGAAGCAGCCACCGAAAGAACCGAGAGGCCAACCACACCUUCUGGUCCCUCACCUGCAUUUUCAGAUAGAGACGGUGUGCGCGCCGAGGGAAGCCCAAGCAGACCAAAUCGUCCACUUCACUCCAGGUCCGCCAGUUCAGUGACCACCGACGGCACCGAUUCUGCUUUUGUAUCACGCACCAUGGAUCCCAGACGCUGGAGCCCCAGCAAGGCUACCUGGCUGGAGAGUGCUCUCAACCGACCAGAGUCGCCGCGCUCUACCCGACCCCCAUCGCAGCCCUCCUGGGCCAGGGACCGACAGUCUCGAGGCAGUGUGGACAUGGGACGAGUGAGCAAUUUCAAGGAAGUCACUCCCAUUGGUUUGAUGCGCACACCCCCUCCGGGACUUCAGUUCAAGAGGCCCAGCGUAUCUGGUCUGUCGCUGCCUGAAAGCCCCGGGAACAAAUCGAAAGAAACUGCGCCCGAAUCCCCAUCUGUUCUCAGUACUCCCGUUGCCAGCAAAAUGCAGGAGACAAUCCCAGAAUCACCUUCUCCACUUGAAUUUUUCGAGACCAAAGCAGACGAAGUUCCAGAGUCCGCCUCUGUUCUCGAGACCUCUGAUACCAGCAUUGUAAACGAGACGGCUCCUCGGUCACCUUCUGCUGACAGCCCUGGACCUACCAAAUCGAGGGAAGCAAUCCCAGAGCCUCCUUCGUCUGCCGAGAAAGUCUCAGCCACACCUGUCAAGGAGACGGCCGAGCAACUCAAGCCUGUCGCUUUCACCGAAGAAAGAAGCGAACCGCAAGAAUGGGAGACGGAAGCAUUGACAGAUUCUGCAGAAACCGAAGCUGCCCCUAGGCCUGAAUCGACUCCUACUCGCCGGCCUCCUCCCUCAUCUUUAAGCCCUAGACCAAACUUCUCUAUUUCUACGUCAACUCGAGAGCCCACUUCACCCAAGCCUAAGCCGCCUCAAUCUCCGGUUGUGGAUUUCAGAGCCAAUCUGCGGAAACGAGAAGUUGUCAAAGAUAGCGGACCCGAGAAAGAACCAGAAUUCAAAAACAUAUUCGGGCGGCUCAAGAAGACCGAAACCCGCAAUUAUGUUGCACCUGAUGAACUCAAGGGCAAUAUCCUUCGUGGGAAAGCUGCUCUCAAUUCUACUGGAGGACCAAUGAAGACCCAGCGAGUUGAUGAUUUCAAGGACAGCCUUGUGAAACGCAAAGACGAAAUGAAGGCCGGUGGAGGCUCUAUUAGACGAAACACUGCCGGUGAGAAGGACGCGCCGCCAAAGCCAGCCGAUGCCGUUCCAGAAGCCAUUGCCGUUCGACAAAGCAUGACAAGACCUAAGAGUAUAAAACGAAUUUCUGCCGAUGAACCAAUUUCUCCUUCCCAAAGCAUCGGCUCCUCACGGACAUCUCAGGGUCGACAAUCGUUCUCGCCGUUUCCUACUUCACCCGCAAAAGAUAUCAGUUCGUCGAGAACGUCUCAGGAACGACCACCUUGGCCACUAUCCCCUGCCAAUGAUGACCCUGCAUGGCCGUUGAAAGACACUGGGGUAUCGCCUGCAUUGCAGGAAGUCCAGCCAUCCCCGUCGUUCCCUAUCGAUGAUUCCGCGAAAGAGACCGAAACGGUGACUACGGCAACUGAACAUCUCCAUGGCACACCUACGCUGGAAACCAUGAGUCAAGGACAAGAGCGUGCGAUGAUGGAUCAAAUUGAACCCAGUUUCGGCAAGGCCCAGGAUGCUCCCACUGAGCCUAUGCCCCCGGUCCGUAACUUGUCACCGGUCCCCGUUGCGCAAGCCACUGUGAACCCAGCCCCGGUAGGAAAAGGCAGACUAGCAGGCCGAAUCAAUCCCGCGCUGGCUGGCCUACUGUCUCGCGGCCCGCCCAUGACCGAAGGACCGAAGAAGGACCUCCCGACUCCGGUAUCUACUGAAAAUGACUCUGCGUCGCCCUUUGCGCCUUUAACCCACGUUACGAAAGGUCGUGCCAGAGGUCCAAAGAGACGACUUCCCCAGGCAGCGGCUGCUUCGACCCCGUCCCCCCGGGAUGAUUCUGAGGUUGGUGCUAUUUCAUACUUCGAAGCCAUCCCAUCAGAGGCUCCUCCGAUCCCUGUUCAGUCUUCGGACGACACAUCGGAUCGCCUCUCGCAACCUGACUCAGAUCUGAUUCCUGACACCGAAUUUCCUCGUUCAGGCAGCCCGGUCACCGAACUCCCUGUGAAUAGUCCCUUGCAGGAACCCCUCGAACGCGAACCCACCCUUCCAAUCUCUGCUGCGUCUUUGGACGAUACGUCAAAUCACUUCUCCCAAUCCGAUUCCGCUUCUCUUCCUGAUGCCGAAGACCUUCGCUCAGUUAGUCCGCUCGCUACUCAACCUCCCGUGAGCAUCCCAUUGCCGGACACUGAUAUUCCCGAGAGCGAACCUGCGCUCUCAAUGCCUGUUGAGUCUUCGGACGAUGUGCUCGAUCACAUUUUGCAUCCUGAUUCAGCUUCUCUUCCUGACGCCGAAAUCCCUCGCUCAGUUAGUCUGCUCGCCACUCAAUUUCCCGUGAGCAUUCCAUCACCGGACACAAAUCUUGACGAGAGCAAACCAACGUCCUCAAUCCCUGUUGAGUCUUCGGACGAUACGUCAAAUCGCCUCUCCCAAUCCGAUUCAGGUUCUCUUUCUGAUGUCGAAGACCUUGGCUCGGUUAGUCCGCCCGCCACUCAACCUCUCGUGAGCAUUCCAUUACCGGAUACGGAUAUUCCCGAGAGCGAACCUGCGCUUUCAAUGCCUGUUGAGUCUUCUGACGAUGUGUUCGAUCACAUCUCGCAGCCUGAUUCAGAUUUACUGUCUGACACCGAACAUCUCCCUUCAGUCAGUCCAGUUACUACUCAAUUUUCUGUGAAUAUUCCAUUGCAGAGUAGCCUUGUGGGAGAGCCUGAGCAACAACCUCAAAUUCGUUCUUUGACGACGGAAUUCGACAUAUUUCCUUCUCCUGGAUCCUCCCCUAGUCUUGACACUUUACCCCAUACUCUUGACAAUCCCGAAGGUAUGAAUGUAUCAGACGGACCGCCUGCCCUGCCAAAUCCUAGCCCACCCACAUCUCCAUUGCCCUCAAUUUCAAAAUCACUUUCGGGCCAGCAAGACAGGGUUGCGUUAUCGUCUUCAUACCUUCUCGAAACAAGCGAAAAAGAGAAUAGCAUGGAUAUUGAGCAACAACCUCAAACUCGUUCUUUGACAACGGAAUUCGACAUCUUUCCUUCUCCUGGAUCCUCCCCUAGUCUUGACACUUUACCCCAUACUCUUGACAAUCCCGAAAACAUGAAUGCAUCAGACGGACCGCCCGUCCCGCCCAAGUCUAGCCCACCCACCUCUCCAUUGCCUUUAAUGCCAAAAUCACUUUCAGGCCAGCAAGAUCGGUUUGUGUCGUCGUCUCCAUCCCCUCUCAGAACAAGCUACAAAGAGAAUCGUAUGGACACACCCCCGACUCCUCCGCAGAAGAACGAUCCCGGUAUUACAGCAUCCGCCACACAGGAACAUGUCCAACGCACCACAAACCAACCCUCGCCCCCUGUGCCCCCAAAGCAAGAUGACUAUAUGCUUAGCAAGCCCGUUGAUCCGCGCCGACUGUCCCGCAAGAUGUCAGCGCCGUCACUGGUUGCACAAGCAAGCGAGGCACGAGAGGUCAUUGCGGGAUUUUUCAAGACGUUUCCCACCCCUCGAGACCGCAUGGAUAUCGACCCGCAGUUGAUGUUGAUGAAGAAGCCAGAGGAGUCCAAAAUCAGAACUCUUAGGAUGCAGAUAUGGGAGCUUACGGGCGAUGGUAGACGCCAGGAACUUCCCUCUCAUCAAGAGUAUAUUCUCUACCAAGGCAGCAUGUAUCUUUGCGUGCAUGUAUUUGAGGCACGGGGAAGCAAUAACUCGGAAGUUUAUCUCUGGUGUGGAGAUGAUGUCCCUGAUGUCUCGGUGGACAGUGAACAGAUGUUUGCUCGCAAAGUCGCGCGCGAAAAUAGCUCCAAGCUUCAGGUCAUCCGACAAGGCAAAGAACCAGUUCGUUUCAUUCAAGCUCUCGGUGGUAUCAUGAUCACCCGUCGAGGAUCUAGCUCUCGCCAUAACUCAUCGGCCCUCUACAUGCUCUGCGGCCGGAAACAUCUGGGACAGAUGACCUUUGAUGAGAUUGACUACUCGCUCCGCAACCUCUGCUCCGGUUUCCCGUACGUUGUUUCAGCUCCCUUUGGCAAGCUCUAUCUCUGGAAGGGCAAGGGCAGUGGGCCUGAAGAAACAGGGGCUGCUCGUCUUAUCGGGAUGGACCUGGGUUUGACUGGCGAGUUUGAAGAAGUCGCCGAGGGCGAAGAACCAGAAGACUUCUUCGAUGUCUUCGCAGGUCCUCGAGAAGCUGCUCCGUACAUGUGUCAGAACUAUUGGCAGCUCAAACCGAAGCAUUCUCAGUUCCGUAUACGGCUUCUGCGUGUCGACCAUGAACUAGGGCAACCGACUCGGUUCUGGAAUCUUCGCCGCCCUGGAUCAGGCUCGCCUGUGGUGAGGCCCAAUGACUGCGUUCAGGAAAUCGAGCCUUUCUGUUACCGCGAUCUCAACGACAAGGAUAUUUACGUUCUGGAUACGUUCUUUGAGAUCUACGUAAUCAUCGGCGAGCAAGCCACCCAAAAGUCGGCUGAUUUCACCUCCGCAGUGGUGUUCGCGCACGAGUAUGGCCUCCUGGCUACCUCUCUUCAGGACCGACCUUUCAUCCCUAAGAGCUACGUGACGCUGGGAGGUGUCGCCGACCGCUGCCAGAGCGCGUUCCGCAAAUGGAACCCACGCACUCUCAAUGCGCCAUUUGUCUUCCCAUUAGAUGUGGUGAUUGAAGCCAUGCGAGCUAUCGGGGAGUAG